CAGUGUUUUCUUGCUCUAGCCGAGUCUGCAAGCAGUGGUCCGUGUCCUCUUCUUCAUUGUAUUUAGUGAGAGUGCAUUCACAUGAACUAUAACACUGUUGUAUUAUUGCAUGCUGGACUUAUAUAACCCGAAUCGGCUACUUGAAAGAAGCAUGUGGCGGCUGCUGCUUCUCGCCCUUCUGGCGGCGGCUGAGGACAACAAGGACAAGGACAGGACGGUGUUAGGGUCCAGCGUCGUCACUUCAGUCUCCGUCAUAAUGGACGCCGGAAACGGCUCUAAAAUUUACACCGAUGCGGUUGGCAAACCUGUAUCAAAACCACAGGUUGCCACAGAUGUUGCCAGCCCUAUUGAACUACUCAAUCCAGACAGAUACGAGUUUUACACAUUUGACGAUGCCGGUGAUUUGGUCAAAAGACUAAUGACACUUGAAGAAAUCCACGACAUCAUAGCAACCGGUGACGAUGACGUCACACUCGACGCCUUCAUGCCCGAAAAACGGGUCAACGACGUGGUCAAUAACGUGCAAAACGUACUUAAAGAAGAAAUCAAGCAACACAAGAAUCCGGAAAAACCCGAAUUUGAUACACCGGACGUUUCCGAUUCGUGGAGUAUGAUUUUACCCGCCAUUUUCGGCAAUUCGGGGGCGGACAUUAAACCGGAACCGCCCACCAGUCACGUGACACCUGAUACUGUGCUAGUAAUGGCCACGACUGAGCAAAUCUCCACCACUCAGAAAGUCAACACUUUGCAAACCAGUAGUACUAGCACUACUACCACUAGUACUACAAGUAGUACGCCCUUAAUUAACGUGGAAAUUAUCACAAAUUCGAAUUCAACAACUGAAAGAAGUGAUAACGUGUCACCAGUUGUUGAAAUCAAGCCACAACAUGAGUCAGAAUUCAAAAACAACGUCAGGAAAGGGACAAAAAGGCCGUUCCCGGUGAAAAGUACGACCUUCAAGCCCUUAAGGAGGCCCACAAGGACUACGACCUUAACAGAGGCGCCCUCUACAACAACUACCACAACUACAACACCUGCGACAACAACAGAACCCGUCAGUGAGACAAUAGUACCGGAUGCUGGCGCCCAGUUUGAGAAAAUCUUGCCUGAAACAACAACAAUAACAACAGUACCAACAACAACAACACCGCCAACAACAACAGAACUUGACAGAAAGACAAUAGUACCACAAUUUGAGAAAAUCGCGCUUGAAACAACAACAACAACCGAGCCUGAGACAACCUCCACUGAAAUGCCAAGUACCACCAAAGUGGUACCCGAAACAACAACAACAACAACUCCAACAACUACCCAACAAGAAACGUCCACUUAUGGUACCUUCAGUACCUUUUUCCUGGUCAGUGACACCAAGAACCAGUCGGAACCCGACUUGAGUACCCUUGGUACCGAAUACGUCACUGUCAAAACACUGAGUACCAACACAACGGAAUCGACGGUACCUGACCUUGAGCAGUUCCUCCUAACUUCGACCAACAUUUACGAAAUUAAUUCGCAACUAUCCGAUAGUACCACUGAAGAAAAAACGGAAACAACCGAAGCAAGUGAGAAGUUUUUGAUCCGGCUGACGAACCCGACCGAAGUACCGACCACCACAACCGAUCAGACCUUCAUUGAAACAAUCGAACAAUUGAUUUCACAAGCUGUUGGUACUUCUGGACCGUACGUUGAGGCACAGAAGGAGGCUUCAAUGGUUGAGGAGAUGAUGAAAAAUGGGGGGAAUAAAACAAUGGAGGAGGUUAUGGCGGAAACCGCCACUGCAGGUUCGAGUCUACUAGAUAUGGUACCAACAAAAGUAGUACCCACAACAAUGGAUCUUAGUGAGUCGGUUGAUUCGCUCCUAUCGCAAGUACUGCAAGUAUCCACGACUCUAGAACCCGAAACCACAACAGUGGUACCAACGGUGGUACCACCCGAAAGUCAUAUCAUCAAUAUCACCAUAAUACGGAACGAACCAAAACCGGCCAAAGCCGACUUGAGUCUCGAAAUGGAGUACGACGCCAUGUUGGACGAGAUGCGCAAAAAUGGUACCUUCGAUGACAGUACCAUGCCCAAAAAUGGUUCUUUGGUCGAAACCACAACUAUUGACAGUACCAUGCCCCAAAAUGGUACUUUGGUCGAAACCACAACCAUUGACAGUACCACGACUUUUGACAGUACCACGACUGAAGAAACAAUCGAGAGUAGCACCACGCCCUCGAUUGAGAUCACAAUCAACGAAAAGAACGAAUCAGGCGCGACCUGGACGUUAGUCUCCACCCUAGCCCCGCCCACGUCCACGCCCCCUGCCGUGGAUUUGGUCCCGAAGCCGCUGCAAGGCUUCGGAUUGGAGGACAGUACCGCCCACCUUGACACCGACAUUUACCAAUUCGUGCAGUUGUGUAACGAAUUGGCGUUCGGUUUUUGGAAGAGUGUGACAAAUGGGCUAAGUACGGCCCGUAGCGUUGUGGUGUCCCCUUUUGCCGCCACGUCACUCCUGGCCAUGGUGUUCCUGGGGGCCCGGGGGGCCACCUCGGGCGAAAUGAACGAAAUACUCAAGCUGGACGAUAUGGUGACGUUCAAUCCGCAUUUGAUUUUCAAAAAUGUGUCAGAGUCGAUUGAGGUGGGGCCUGAAUCAGGGGUGGCUGUGUCGGCUAUUGUGAGGGAGUUGUACAGUGAUAGGAGUAAGGGGAAGUUGUUGGGGUUCUAUAAAGAGAGGGUGCGGCAGUUUUAUGAUGGGCAUGUCGAGGAGGCGAGUUUUAGGGAGAUUGGGGAUGUGAUUAGGAGGAGGACGAAUCUGUUGGUUAAAAAACAUACAGAUGGGAGGAUUGGGGAGUUUUUGAAGGAUGGGAGUUUGGUGGCGAAGCCGCCCCUGGCGGGGGUCAGUGUUAGCAUUUUCCAGACGGAUUGUUCCCACGGCUCGACCGAGGGCCGCGACGGCGAGCUCCACUUCGUGGUCCUCCCCUCGCUCCGCCAGCGCCGCCUCAUCCCCAUCCCCGCCACCGUCUACCGUUCGGGUUUCCUCGCCGGUUACGAGCCCAGUCUGGACGCCACCGCCGCCGCCCUCGGCUCCAAAGACGCCACCAUCUCCACCAUCUUCAUAAUCCCGGGCCAGCAGGGCGUUACCGCCCCCGGGGACGGGCUCUCGCGCCUCGAGAAGCGCCUCGUUGAGAGUUCGUUCAAGAAAGGGGCGUGGUCGCGCCUCCUCCGCUCGCUCAUCCCCCGCCCCGGCCUCGAGCUGCAAAUCCCGCGCUUCCAGCACCGCUCAUUGGUCAACGCCACCCAAUCGCUGAAGCGCAUGGGCUUGCACGAGCUGUUCGACGCCCAGAAGGCGGACCUGAAGGGGCUGAACGGCGCCGCCCACGAACUCUACCUCUCCGACGUCGUCCAAUUGAACGAGUUUGCCACGUGCGGCGAGGGCAGGAUCGGGGAAGGGCAUCACAAGGAGGUGUAUCCGGCGACGGCGGAGAGGCGGAGCUUGGAUUGGGAGGACUAUCAGAGGGCGUUUCAUGACCCGUUGCAUGAUCCCAGGUAUCUGGAUUUGCCAUUGGCGCAAAGGCCGAGACAGGCCAGGUUGCCUGAGACGCCUAGGUUGAGGUUUGAUCGGCCGUUUUUGUACUUUGUGAGGCAUAAUCCGAGUGGGCUUAUCUUACAUAUGGGGAGGUUCCAUCCGAGGUUAUUGCCAUGAGGGGGAGGGGCGGGGGUGUAUAUAGUUUGAGAUGGAACUAUCGGACUGAGAUGGAUAGUUGCAUGGCGAAGGCUUUUAUUCACUUAAUUUAUUGUAAAUUUAGACAAUUUGUGUGUAAAGUUGGAUUCUUAAAUUAUUUUAGUGCAAUUUUUGUAUUAUUUUAUUAAGGAUUACAAAUAAACAAAUGACUGUUUCA